UACAGCUUGAUGGAUGAAAACUCGGUGGAGGUGAAUAGCAUGGACAGGGCUGCGUUCCAGAUGCUGGUGCCAGAAUACAAUCAAAUGAAGAAUAUGUUGGAUAUCUUCGAGAGCACUCAAGACGAUGAGAUGGCCAGGUGGAGUACUCAGCUUGAAGAAGACAUCAAAUUAUUUCACCAUGAAAUCGAGAAGCUGCGACAGAUAUCGCAGGACCCUCAGCUUCUUGAGGAUGUAGAAUUCAUUGAUCCUGUACUUCACGUCUGCGAAGAACUCAAGGAGCAAGCGAAUGCGAUUGAAAAGACGGCAAAGCAGAAUCAGUCCUUUCAGACCAUAUUCGGGCAGCAAGUUGUUCGAUACCCGGUGUUGGAGGAGGUAGUGGCGGAUGAUUCCUACCGCGUCGAAGCUCAACAAGCUCAUAAAGCUUCAAAUCACCUCAGGUUACCUUCCUACCAUACGUUUGUUUCCGGGCUGCGAGAUAUCUCCUCCCAUUUCUCGCUGCGCAAACAAUCACCAAAACGACAAGAGGAAACGAGAAGAAGAAAGAAAGCAAGAAGGAGACAAGAAGGGUCAAUACAUAGUUCGGGAAGUUAUGGAGAAACCAUCGCCUUGUCGGCAAUGCGAACCCUUCGACCUGAGGUUCAUCAAACGACGUCAAAUCAUGAUUGCCCGCACCUUGGGGAUGAUCGGUUCAUGCGUCUCUGCACAGAGCAGAC